AUGACGAACUCAGAAAAGGAAGCUGUCCCGAGUGAGAAGGUGGACAGUGCAGGUUCUAUCACCUCGCCCGUUGGUGGGCCACAUAAAGUCAAGUGGUACCGAUCGACAUUCUACAAUGCCUUCAUCCUCGGUCUUUGCAACUUCCUCGCCCCUGGAAUCUGGGGCGCCAUGAACUCUUUGGGUGGAGGAGGUGAAGAGAAACCUUACCUCGUCAACGCAGCGAACGCCUUGACCUUCGGUCUUAUGGUCGUCUCUUGCUUCUUCAGCAGUGUCCUCGUACGAUUCAUCGGCAUCAAAUGGGCACUCAUCGUCGGAACAAUGGGAUACGCACCUUACGCAGCGGGGCUGUACACAAACAACCGAUUUGGCGUCGAAUGGCUGGUUCUCCUGGGCGCGGCACUUUGCGGCAUCUCGGCCGGUAUUUUCUGGAUGGCAGAGGCAGCAAUUGCACUUUCGUACCCCGAGCCAUACAACCAAGGCCGCUUCCUGGGAUUCUGGCUCAGCUUCCGUGUUGGAGGACAAAUCCUCGGCGGUGCCAUCAACCUGGGCAUCAAUGCCAAUCGGUCGAACUCGGGCUCUGUCUCAUACACUGUGUACCUGAUUUUCAUUGCGCUGCAGGCACUCGGCCCCUUUGCUGGUCUGCUGUUGAGCAAUCCCUCUCAGGUCCAGCGAAAAGACGGAGUCCCUGUUAACCUGCAGGUGACAAAAAGUAUCACACAUGAGCUGAAGAGCAUGUGGAAGCUUUGGAUCAAUCGCAAGUUCCUGUACAUCAUUCCGUUCAUCUGCCAGGCUGUGUACACAGAGGCUGUGAUGUUCUCAUACGAGGGAUUGUGGUUCUCGGUGCGAGCCAGAGCCCUCGGGUCAUUCCUUUCCGGUGUGGUCGCUGUAACCAUCGGCAACAUUCUCGGAGCCUUCCUUGACAGCAAGCGGGUAUCCCUGAAAAACAGAACUCGAUACGCGUUUUACUUCGUUGUCGCAUGGCAAGGCAUGUGCUGGAUCUGGGCUACAGUGGUGACAACCGAGUUUAACGAAACACACCCGACAUAUGACUGGUCUACUCCAGGCUUCGGGAGAGCCUUCGCCCUCUUCCUGUUCUGGGUUGCUGGCUUCCAGCUCAACUAUAUGUACCUGUUUUUCUUGGUGGGCAACCUUGCCGAUGAUCAAGAAGAAGUCGUCCGGAUUGCGGGCUUGUUGCGUGGAACUGAAUCCGCAGCUCAGUGUGUCAGCUACGGUCUAAGCAGCGUGAACAUCAUGGCCGCGGUGGGGAGUAUUUAUCUCAACUUUGGCUUGUGGGCUAUCGCGAUAAUCCCUACCUGGAUCAUUAUCAAAGACAUCGGAACAGCCUUUGAGGAUAAAAAGAUCGCUAGAGAGACUCCUGGUUUGCGCGAGGCCGUCGAUCAGGAGUAA